AUGGCCGAGUCAAAGCUGUUUACUGUCCGCCCGGCUUCCAAGCAAGCCCGCGCCGACCACAAAGAUACAUUCCGGGUCUAUCUGUCGCCGGCGUCGCUGCUGCAGGUCAAAGUGCGAGUAGGCGAGCUCUGCCAGCUAGAGACGUAUAGCAUUGCCAGCAACGGCCAUGGUGGUGGUGCUGUUGGCGCUGCUGCGGGUAGCAAAGUGAAGACGGCCAUAGCAUGGAGUGCCGCAGAGAAGAUACACGACAACAUCAUCCAGACGACCAAGCAGAUGCAGGAGCUCUACGGCCUCAGACUGGGUGACAAGGUCUCUAUUUCGCCGGUGUCCGACCCGCUGGCUGAUAUCGAGACGGUCAGGCUCGAGGAGGUGAAGCGCAGCAGCUCUGCAGGCUCCUCAUCAGCAGCUUCGUCAGUGGCCUCGGAGCUGGCAGCAGAAGAGCGUCCGCACUGGGAGUGGGCGCUUGAAUACCCCCUGUUGAAAUGCGAGGUAGUUUCACUCGGGCUGGCGUUUGACGUCGAACUUAAGGGCGUCUCCAGGCGGUUCAAGGUGGUCCAUAUCAAUGCUGGGAGUAGUAGCAACGACACUGCCAACACCAUCUUCAAAUAUACCCAGCAGUCGAAGGUGACCAUUGGCAAGGCAGAUGAGGUCCCCGGGGACGCAGAUCCAGCGUCAACGGGCCGUCUGGAGGUCACGCCCGAUGGACUCGGUGGUCUUGCGCCCCAGCUGGCAGUUGUCAACGAACGGCUGCAGGACUUCAAUACCCAGGAUCAAAUGAUUAUCAUGCCCUCGUUCUACAAGAGUACCGGCGGGAUUCUCAUCUACGGGGCCAAAGGAACGGGGAAGAGUGCGAUGUUGGCAAAGAUAGGGGAGGCCAACUGGCGCAGAACCUUCAACGUCACAUCAUCGAUCACUAGCAGAACGGGGGGAGAUGGAGCUGCAGUUCUACGCAAGAUAUUCUCGGAUGCGCUCAAGUACCAACCUUCGCUCAUCAAGAUUGACCAGCUCGACUUUAUAGCACCCAAGCGAUCCUCUACAGGGCCAGCCGAUGUUUCCCUCUCUCCUGCUCUCUGUGAAGCACUGGACUCGCUCCAGGACAGCAAGGUGCUGGUGGUUGCAUGCACAAGGCACCCGAAUGACGUGGAUGAUUGUCUACGAACACCUCACCGGCUCGGAAUUGAGAUUGAACUGCAGAUUCCCACUUCAAAGAGCAGACUGGAAAUUCUACAGGCUCUUCGCGGGUCGGCAACCCAACCUACCAACAGGGUGUUGGAGACUAUAGCUGCAAAGACCCAUGGGUACGUCGGUGCAGACCUCCUCUCAUUGCUUCAGCUGUCCUGCAGAAAGGCAAAGGCCCGUAUGUUAUCGCCUGCGCCUCCGCCUCCGCCUACGAAUGGUACAUCUACAUUCAGAAAUCGUUUUUAUGCAGGAGAGUAUGAAAACGAGAGUGACGGGUAUUUUGAUGAGGAUGAUGAAGAAGAUGGAUACUAUGAGGAUCAUUUGGAUCUGUCCAGUGACAAACCACGGCUGUUGAAGAUAUACGAGAAAGACAUGCUCCUGGCCAUGAAAGAGAUCCGGCCAACGGCUAUGAGAGAGGUAUUCUUGGAAACGCCGUCUGUAAGAUGGUCGGACAUUGGUGGCCAAGGGUACAUCAAGGACCGUCUGCAGAAGGCUGUCGAGAGACCACUCAAAAAUCCUGAGCGAAUGAAGAAUCUCAAUAUCAGUGGAAAGAGGGGAAUACUGCUUUACGGCCCCCCUGGGUGCUCAAAGACGAUGAUGGUCAAGGCCCUUGCCACCGAGGCCGGGUUGAAUUUCCUUGCCGUUAAGGGAGCCGAAAUGCUCAGCAUGUACGUGGGUGAGUCAGAAAGGGCAAUGCGGGAAAUCUUCCGCAAGGCACGAGCUGCAAGCCCAAGUAUUAUCUUUUUCGACGAGAUAGACGCCAUUGCAGCUCGGCGAGACGCCGGAUCUCAUGGCGGGAUUAACAUUUUGACCACUCUGCUGAAUGAAAUGGACGGCAUUGAGGAGCUGAAAAACGUUCUCGUUGUUGCUGCCACCAACAAGCCAGAGAUCCUCGACCCUGCGCUCAUGCGACCUGGAAGACUGGACAGCAUAUUAUACAUUGGGCUUCCAGACAUGGAGGCUCGCAAAGAGAUAUUUGAAAACUGGAUUGACCGCGCUGAUGUCGAUGACGAGGUGGACGCCAUCAUCCUGGCCUCCAUGACCGACGGCCACUCUGGUGCCGAGCUCGUGAAUAUCUGUGAAACUGCUGCCGAACUGUGCCUGGACGAAGAAGAAGAAAAGAGAAUGCCCAAUCUACAGAUCCAGGCCCAACACUUCCAAGCUUCGCUCGAAAUGGUUCCGAAACGGACCCAGCCAGAGGUUAUCCAAGCCUACGAGGAAUGGAGCAGGAGCUUUGCUAACAACCAGCAGAUAACGAUCUUAUGA